AUGCUGAACAUCGUCUUAAUAUUUGCGCUGAGAAGGACUUCAUCACUGCCAAAGACUCUAAAAGUAUUGAUCCUUAGCGUGGCUGUUUCUGAUAUUGGUGUGGGAUUACUUGUCCAGCCCUUGUACACCGCACGCCUGCUUAUGAAAAUGAAAAACGCUAACAACCAGGAAACUUAUAACGACAUAAUUACAGUCGUAGGACACACUCUCUGUUAUGUCUCAUUCUUCGGUGUCACAACUAUCAGCGUUGACAGAUUCCUUGCUAUCCACCUUCACCUCAAACAUCAGGACCUUCUCACCUACCAAGAAAUUGUGACUUACAAGCGUGUUGUGGCUACAGUGAUCUUAAGCUGGCUUCUCGGCGCUUCCCUGGCCCUAACCGGUGUUUUAAGCAGCAGCAAAAAUAUUUUUAACCUUGCAGGGGUGUCUGUGGGAUUGGUUUGUCUCCUUACUAUGGGUCGAAUCAAUUUCAAGAUUUCCAUAGCCGUACGUCGCCACACCAUUCAAGUUCAUGCACAGCCAGCUCAAGCAGUGGCAUCGAACGAAGAAAAUCGCUCAAUUUUCGAAAGACUGAAAAAAACAACGGUUGGUACAUUUUACGUCUAUCUGUUGUUUUUGGCCUGCCAUUUACCAAUCGCUAUUGUGAUCCUGACCGGUCGAAAGACGAAUAAGAAGAGACAACAUUUCAAGAUUUACGCUCAGACGCUGUUAUAUCUGAGUACAUCACUCGUUCCCCUGGUUUACUGCUGGAAGUUUAGACACAUCCGAUGCGCUGUCAAGAAUAUUCUGCGCAACACAUUCGCAAGUCAGAAUCAGAUUCAGGAAGACUAAACCUUAAAGUCUAGCUGUUGUUUUUGGCCUGCCACUUGCCAAUCGCCUCUGUGAUCCUGGUCGGACAGAUGAAUAAGAUGAGAGAUCAUUUCUUGAUUUAUACGCUCAGACACUGUUGUAUUUGA